AUGAAGCAACACAACAAACAGUUUCCACCGACGCACCCUACUGCACGCCAAGCACGAGACACCAAGCAGGAGCCAAGCACGAACACCAAGCAGGAGACACAAGCACGAGACACCAGCACCAAGCAGGAACACCAGCAGGAGACACCAAGCACGAGACACCAAGCAGGAGACACCAAGCACGAGACACCAAGCAGGAGACACCAAGCAGGAGACACCAAGCACGAGACACCAAGCAGGAGAACCAAGCAGGAACACCAAGCAGAAACACCAAGCAGAGACACCAAGCACGAGACACCAAGCAGGAGACACCAAGCAGGAGACACCAAGCAGGCACGUCAAGCAAUAACCCUCGAGAUUGUAUCGUGUUGUAAAAGGCUACAUGAUUUAUACAAGAAGGUGUAUCUCUGA